GUAAAAUAAUUAAACAUGAAAACUGCGCCUGAUCCAAAAGACGUCCAGGAAUUUCAAUUUAAACAAUCAAAGACUUGCCAAAUUUUAGAUGCAUUCACAUCCAUACCAACUGCAUGCAGCCUUUUGGCUGCAGACAGAAAAAGGGGAUUAUUAUUUGCAGGUCAAAACAACAAAAUAAUUAUUUUAAAACCAGGAGAAGAUGCUGAUCCAGAAUGGAAAGUAGAAUUUAAUAUAUCAGUAGCUGUGUCUAAAUUAAUGCUCAGCUGUGAUUGUUCUUAUUUGGCAGUGGCUUCACAUGGGCCAGUAAUUUUAAUUUAUGAUGUACAGUCAAUUAUUAAAAAUAAUUUACAACUACUAUAUAAAAUUAAAAUAUCUUCAUCAAGUUCAGAUGCAUUUGUGAAUGAUCUACGAUGGAAUCCUGCUAUACCAGGAAUGUUGUGUACAGUUGUUAAUGAUUACACUAUUGGUAGUUUUAAAAUAAAGGAGAAGAAAGAGAAAGCAAUUGAAUUGAUGGCAUUACAAAAAUUCAAUCACUUUGAUGCUCUCUGUGCAGCAUGGAGCCCUAAAGGGAAGCAAAUAGUUGUAGGCUGUAAAAAUGGAAAAUUAGUACAAUUUAAACCUGAUUUAAAAUUAGCAAGAAUAAUCCCUGGCCCAAACCCAUACAUUGGAGAAGUUGUUAGUAUUUUAUGGAUCAGCAAUUACCAGUUUUGUGCUGCUUAUUUAAGUAGUGAACAGCUUAUGAAGAAAAUUAAUGUUCUUAUAGUUGAUGCUCCUAAAGGUGAAACACUUGCUCUUUUUACUUGCUAUGAAGAUAUUACUUAUGGAAUGACAGAUACAGAGGGAGAAGGAACAACUCCUUGUUAUUACUUUGACCAUGUACCAGAAUGGGGUUUAAUUAUUGCUGCCAGCAGCAAUAGUAGUGAAAUUGCUGUGUUAGGAACUACAGAUGCAGGAGUUACUUGGAAUCAAUGGCAAUUAGUAGAUAGUGGCAGGGCUGAAUUGCCAUUAAUUUGCACUACAGAAAGCUAUCCAGUAGGUUUAGCCAUUGACAAAUCUCCAGUUAGAAGAUUACUAUGGGGAGCAGAUUCUACUUUACCUCAUCCAGUUCCCAUUCUUCAUAUUCUGGCUACAUCUGGACAGUUGUGUAGUUUUCACAUGGUGAACCUGGUUCCCAAUUGUCCUCCAAUUAAUUGUCCACCUACAGAAAUUGUAACUCCACCGCAAACGCAACCAAAUGUUGCUCCCGAAAUAUCUUUUGUUAUGAAUGGUCUAGCGACUAGUACACCAGUCCCUAAACAAGCAGAAAAUGUUACUGAACGUGCAAAACCAUUUUUUGCCGGAAAUAUUUUUGAUAAAGUUACACCCGAAGUAACCAAUUUGUUUGCACAACCUACAGUUAAGAAGCCAAAACAACAAGAGCAGAAACUUGAAAGUAUUAAUAUGGUAAUGAAACUGGAACCAGCUAGAGAAUUUCAUCCAGAGGAAACUGUUAAACCAGUUCCGGUCGUUAAUUUAACGCCAAUUAAAGAAACAAUUCAACAAGAACCAGUGGAACAAAAACCAUCUCCAGAUGAUGAUGCUAGAGACAUUCGUGCAUAUUUGGAAGAAUAUAAUUUAUUCGAGAAGGAACUACGUAACAGAUUAGAACCGCAAAUAUGGGAAUGUGGCACAGAAGAAGAACGUCGAAAACUUGUUGAUACGUCUGUUAUAAUAGAUCAGUUUUUACGAGAAUUGAGAGAAACAACAAAUAGUUUAUCCAGCGAUAUUACAUACUUAAAAGCAUUGCUGUUACAAUCAUUUGCUUGGGUUGAAGAAACUAAGUCAAAAAAUGCGGCAACGAAUGAUAUUACCACUAGAAAUUGCGGAGAUAGUAAUAAAAUAUCUGAUCUUCAGAAACUAUAUUAUUAUACUCAAACACAAUUGAAUCAAGCUAGCAAAAUUUUAGAUCUAGAAUGGUCAGAUCAUAAGAAUCAGGAAAUGUCACGAAUGAAAAUUCCUCAUUUAGAAUUUAUUUAUCAAAAUAUCGUAUUACAUAGUAAAAUCCUUCAAGAAGAGAAAGGCAAAGUGGAGGAUCUUAGUAAACGAUGGAAAUUAAUAAAUCGUAACAGUACUAUUUUCGGAUUAAAUCUUUCAUUAUCUAAUUUACGUAUUGCAUCGUCAAAAUCUUCAGCUACUCUUCCAAGAAAUGCAGGAAUCAUAGAAGCACGGUGCAAAACGAUUGCUUCGAAAACUUUGAGUUUUACUCCAGAGAAACAAAUUAAAUUGAGGAAAUAUUUAUCCGCUUGUACUCCAAGAAUAAUAAAACCUGUUAAUCCUUCGCCUAUUCAACAUCGUUUGGAAGCAACUUUAUCUUCUUUAACUUCUCUCAAUAGUACGAGUAAUGAUACUAAGUCUAAGGUGGAACGACCAGUCUUAAAACAAUCUCCAGUUACCAAACAACAAACCACCGAAAAACCGAAACAACAAAGUCCUUUGGCUUCAUUGAAUAGUAUCGUAGCAAGGAUUGGUACAAACGAGACUAAUAAUGUAUCACAACAAAACAAACAAACUAGUUUUGGUAUCACUUUUCCACCUACAUCUGGAAGUAAGCCAGUUCAAACUGAGAAAGAAUCAAUUACACCAGCAAUUACUGCAGCAUCUCAAAGUAAACCAAAGCAAGAUACUAUUACAUUUGGUCAAGUUAAUCCUCCUACACAUAAUUUGCUUAAUUUAAUGAAAUCUUUUCCUAAAGUGGAUAGCAUUACAUUUGGUACACCGGCGCAAAAGUCCGAAGAAACGACUACGCAAAAAUCUGUACUUAACGAAUCUACCAUGAAAAGUGGAAAAGAUACUAUAUCAAAUGCUGAUGGUUUCAAAGUUGAAAAUAGUCUAUUUGGUACUAGUUUACUAAAAGAUGCAUUAUCAUCAGAGACAUCAUCAGAAAAAGUACAAACUAUUACUCCAAAUACUGGGCUGAAGUUUGGAAUGGCAAUACCAGCAACAACAAUGGCAAAAACUGAUGCAAUGUCUACAUUCAGUUUUGCUUCACCAAAUACUGUUCCUGCAACUAUAAACAGUACUCUACAAAGUACACUAGUUGCAUCCCAAACAUCGAGUGCACAAACAUUUUCUUUUGCUUCAAAACCAUCAAGCACUACUACCCCAUUCAACUUAAAAGUGACACCAUCAACAACAGCAGCAUCUCAAUCACAAGACUUGUUGAACGUAACGGGAUUAUUUACAGGACUUCAAACGUCCAAUCAAGCACCUAAUAUACCCACUAAUAUAUCCAGCUUUCAAACAUUAUUGGGGCAAAAUGUACUUGGUGGCAAUGAAAUUUCUAUAAGUCUUGUGAGUGGAACUCUUUCUAAAGACACAGUUACUACAUCUGCAGUUGCAACCACACCUUCAAUUACAAUUGAAAAAGUACCUUCUACCGAAGUAAACGUUCUUGGCCCCUCAACAGGUUCUGUACAGGCUUUACCUGCUGCAUCUACCACUGCUCCUUCUACCACUGCUCCUUUAUUCGGCAGUCAAACAAAUACAUCGAAUAUUAAUAUAUUUGGAGGAAUGUCAAAUUCCAUUCCAACCACGUCUACAUUUACCGUGACCACAACUGCACCUGUAGCUGAAACUAUAACCACUGCAUCCGUGCCACUGUUUAGCGGCUCCAGUACCGCUUCAGUUACAAGUACAGCAGCAAGCCCGAUAAUAGCAACUUCUACUACAGUCUCUCCAUUCCAGAGUCCUUUGGCAAAACCUACUUUCGGUGUACCUGUCAUAAAUGUACCAACAGUAAGCUCCACUAAUGCCGUUCCCACUACUACAUCUACACCUACUUUCGGAAAUGCCCCGACGAACACAGUGGCGGUUACACAAGCGGCUCCAGUCGCUGAAACGCAAAGUUUUCUCGCCCUUACAACGAACUCUCAAUUUUUAAAUUCACCAGCAGUUUCUUCAACGGCCAACGCCUUUGAAAAACCAGUUACCAGUCCUACUUUUACGCCUUUUGGAAACUCGACAAACACAUCCAUAUUUGGCCAGAUAUUCAGUGAAAAUAAUGUUAAUUCCAUCUUUGGUGGAAACACUCAAUCGUCCUCUACAACUUCUAUUUUUGGAGGCAGCACAGCUUUGACAAAUACAUUUGGAACAACUCAGAAAUCAAUGUUUGACACAGAAAAUACAUCUUCCUUUGGAGGUGCAGCUAAUAAUGCUACUUCAGGAUUACCUCCGCCUGAAUCCACAUCUCCAUUUGGUGUUGCUGCACCUAAUGCAUCUCCAAUGGGUGUAGAGCAGCCUGUGCUAGGUGCACAACCAGCCUUCAGGCAAGCGCCUUCAUUUAAUACAAAACCAGUAUUUGGAUCGACACCGACAUUUGGAGCUCCAAAACCAAUCUUUGGCGGUGGUUUUGGAGCAACGGCGUUUGGCGUCAGUGCUACUCCACCAGCAUUUGGAAGUCCACGUACAAUGGAAAGUCCUGUUCAAAUUGAUAACAACAUGCCGAAUGUUUUUGGAAGUGUAAGUGGUAGCAGUACAUUUGAAUCUUUGGCGAGUCAAUCGACUGAUCUUAGCUUCAGUAGUUUGGCGCAGAAGAGCGUGGACACACCAAAAUCCCCAGUAUUCACUACCGGAAGCUCCUUCUCUACCUGGCGAUAG